AUGAUAAUUAAAGUUCAAAAAACAUUUGAAAAAAGAUUAAUAAAUGCAUUUAUGAGAAAAGGAAACUAUAUUAAAGCUGAAAAGAUAUAUUUGAAAGUAGUAAAUCGAUUAUCAACAAUAGGAAUAAAAAAUUCAUAUCAAUUUAUACGAGAAACCUUAUUAAAAAUGACACCAAUAAUGGGCGUAGUGAAAAAAAAAAGAGGAGUAAAAGAAUUAAUAUAUCCAAAAUAUUUAGAACCAGAAAUGGGUGAAAAACUGGCAAUCAAAUGGUUAAAAAAAACGGUAGCUAAAUUUAAAGGCGAAUUAUUAAUUGAAAAUAUAGUAGAGGAAUUUGUAAAGGCUUCCAAAGAUCAAGGAGAAGUAGUGAAAGAAAAAUGGGCACUAUAUAAAGAAGUGCGAUAUGCAAUAAGUUGUAAUACACGAAAAGGUCAUCAUAAAAGUUUUGUAGAACAAAAAUUAAAAGCAACUCAAAGAAGAAAAUGGUAUUAA